AUGAUUGUUUUAUCUCCAAGUGUUAUGCUGUCCAAGCUGACGCCUCUGAAAAGCAUUCUGUGUCUAAUAAAAACGCCCGUUUGCUUUGGAAUCGCUGUAUCCGAUCCUUACCUGUCCUCGGCUAGUGCUAUAGCAGACGUCGAAAGGAUAUCACAAGUCGAGAGCAUCAUUCAAAAUCACGGUGGGGUGGGGGCUAUGGCAUUUGCGCUUCCGCUAAGAAAUUCAUUGGACGAUGAGCUCCGCCAAGGAGGCCUGCACGCUAUUCGCAAGAAAAUGCUAUGUCGCGAGGGCUGGAAUGUUCCGAUUGGAGUCGUCAUCGAGGAGCAACUUUCGCUUGAAGAAGCAAUACAAAUCGCGGAGGAAGAUCCCGAUCAGUGGGACGAUAUAGAUUUUGCAGACAAAUCUCUGUCGACGGAAGCUGCUAUUGCACUCAACCAUUUUCUGUGGAUUCAAACGGGGGGAUGGCGAACUAACACCUUUGGUUGA